AUGGCCCAGUCAUAUCACCAGCCCCAGACAGCCCUAGCGGGCUUCCUGAAUUCAAUGCAGCAGGACUCGAGCAUGUCCGCAUACUCCCUCUUCGGCCCUUCCCAGUAUCCGGAAAGUGUUGCGUUCUGGCAUGAUCCCUCCCCAGCGCCAGCCCUAGCCAUCUCCGCCGCGUUAUUUCCGUCUAAGCAGCCCGCGCUGCUCCAACCCAUUCCGGAUGCAAAGAAACACAAGCGUACUCGAAGCGGCUGCUUCACCUGUCGUGCUCGCCGAAUCAAAUGCGAUGAAGGACGUCCCCUGUGCGAGCGUUGCCGGAAAGGAAAUCGGGAUUGUGUCUAUCCCUCGCCCGCAGCUCCCUCAAAGGGCACACGCGCUGGUGGUAAAUCGCGCGGUACCCGACCUCCAUCCCAGGGGAGUGACUCUUCUGGUAGAUUUGAGCAUGACGAAGUGAGCCCCUUGGAGCCCAUCAUUGACGAGGAGGAACCCGAUAAUGUCGGAUUUGGGUCGCAGCUGUCGCCGUCGAGCGGUGUUAGCCCUUCGCGGCCUGAUCUGCACAGAAAACAAAGCGGCCAGUCUUUGCAAAGACCCAGCAUGAAGCAGAUGUUGGAUGCUGGUACAUACGCCGGGGAUGCGAGCAGCUCCCCAUCAACUGAAGAAUCACGCUUUGAGUCGAGGAGCGUUCGGUCGCUGAGCAUCAGCCACUCUAUCAACGAACUUGUCAGCACGUCCCGGCUCUCAGAUGAUAUGCGUUUCUACUUGAAUUUCCAUCAAGAUUUCAUCUCCCAUGAACAUUUCUUUCUCAGAUCGGGCAGCGACCACUUCGUGCAUCACAGCAUCGUCGAACUUGCCCUGGGAUAUGAGCCUUUACUGUACGCCCUGGUGGGCUUCUCGGCCUAUCACCACACUCUACAAGUCCCGGGAGGAAAGCUCUAUACAUUUCUCAAAUAUUAUAAUAAAGCCCUUGUUCUUUUGCGGAAAUCACUGGGCUCUGGCGAGGAACAUACCGAGGCAACGUUGUGCACAGUUCUAAUGUUGACAACAUUUGAGGAAUACAUCGGCGACUGGGUGAACCUCAUCGACCAUCACUCAGCAGCGCACGCGCUGAUGCGAGAAUUGCUGACCCCGGAGACUUCCAACUUGAUCGAACUUCAUACGAAUAUCUUCCUCUGGUAUGCGCGUUUCGACGUGGUAGCAGGCAUUUUGGCCGGCACAGAAGCAAUCCUGAGCCGCGAUUGGUACAUGGUGAAGGAGCAAUAUGACGAGGAGCAAGCCGCUCUCUACCCGGACGACCCGCAGAAGCAGCUCGUGCUUGUUGCUUCGAUCAACCGACGCUUCGGCCUUGAUAUGGCUUCAUUAUACGCAAAACUUGCACGUGGCAUGAUCCCUAUGGACGAAUUCGCUGAGCAGAACAAUAAGCUGGGGCAAACUUUGGAAAGGGCGAAAGACAUCCUGAGACAGUUUGAUGAAUCCGAAGAUACCGUGUACUCCUACAUGAACAAGAAACCCCUCACGGAAGACGAUAUCGUUGACCCUUAUAUGCCUGGCGCUAUACACCAGGGUCCGCUGUGGGAUGCUAAUUACGCUUGGAUCGAUCUUCUCUCCACCGAUACAAUGUUCAAGUACCAAACCAUGCUCACUUUGCGGAAGCCGCUUCUUCCGGAACUGGCCCAGCUGGCAUUUGACCAAUGUCGCUUGAUUGAGACUAUUGACCGCUGGCCAGAUAGAGGGAAUGGGCACUGCAUCGGAUUUAAAAACAGCAUCGGCAUGGCGUCCAUGUUCCUUCCCAAAGACGAGAAACACCUAAUGUGGUCCCGGCGUAAGAUGGCGAUGAUGGAACAAAAUGGAUACAUCAUCGCCCCUCGAUUCCGCGACGCCCUUGCCGCCAUCUGGCAACUCCCCGAAGUCCAUCACUGGUGGCUUCCCAACGACGAAGGCUACACGGACAUUAUUCGCGAGAUCCGCUCCAUGUCAGAAGAACGGAUGAACCAGCCUCGCGAUAAGCACCGCGAGAACGUGCGGGAUAUGAAAGGGCUAUUUGGGAAGUUGAGCGUCGACGAUCAAGAGGAUGAUCAAAGCCCAGGGAGCAAUCACGGCACCAUUUCUUGA